AUGGACAUCAGCUGCCAUCUGCUGCGACCUGACCGGCCCCAAGCUAAGGCCAUAAACCAAAGACCCAAGCAGCAAAACUCUUACAAACCAAGCCACAAAGCAGCAGAAUUCCCCACGUGCAAGUGCUGGCGCCUGCCCACGCCGGGAUGCCUCCGUGCCCAGGCACAGCCCCGCUCCCGUGGUGCCCUGCUGGGCCCAUUCCGAGCUGCGGCACGCCUGGCAUGUCCCACGCGGCACCAAGGGGGCCCCAAGGGGAUUAGGGGGCUGCUUACGGGGCGAGUGGGCGAAGGCGGCUGCGGGAGAGCUCCCGGCGCUGCCGAGCCCGCGCCGCCCGAAUCCCCGGCAGGCGGAGAGGAAGGAGAUGGCGGGGCAGGAGAGCGCCCGGCCGGCAGCCCCGGCGCGGCCGCGCAGGGAGCCGCGGCGAGCCGGAGCGCGCCCGGCCGCGCUGCGCCUCACAGUGUGGCAGCGGGAGGCGGGGAGGGUGUGGAGGCUGCGGGCGGUCCCUGCCGGAGCCCCGAGGCUCCCCGGCCCCGCCCGGCCCGGCCCGGCCCGCGCGGGGCCCCGGCUGUGCGAGCGAUUAAUUCAAGAUGGCGCCGGCGCCCUCCGCCCCCCCCGCGCGCCGCCAUUUUGUCUCCUCCUCCAGACACCUCCGAGCCCCCCCCGGCCGGGCCCGCGGCCCCUCACCGGCCCCACUCGCCUCCCCCCGGGCCCGCGGCCACCCACCUCCACUCCGCGUUCCUCACGCCACCUCCCCCGCCGUCCCGGGCCGCGCCGGGCCUGCGGCCUCCUCGCGGCCUGCGCCGCGGCCUGUGCGGGCAGGGGGAGGCCCGGGCCGGGCGGGCGGCAGGGCCCGGCCCGCGGCUCUUACCGUGCGGGUGGCGGGCGGCGGCGCUCGCUCGGCGCGGCCUCUCUCAGCGCGACUGGGCCGAGCGCGGCGGCGGCGGCGGCGGCUGCGGCGGGGCGGGCGGGCGGGCGGGAGGGGAGGGAGGGGCCGAGCUCGGAGCUGAGUGGAAGCGGCCAAGCUCCCCGGGCCGGGCCCGCCGUCAGCACGUCACGUCACUGCCCGAGAGAGCCCAGGAGCAGGCGGAAGGGAGCGCGCCGCCACCGCCGCCUCGGGCCGCCCGCCCGCCCGUCCGCGGGGGCCGGUGCGGCCGAGCGGGCCGGGGGCCUGUGCGGGGCGGGCGAGGCGGCGGUCGGGGCGGCGGGGCGGGGGCGGCGCGGCGGCGCUCGGUCCCGCGGCUCCUCCUGCCGCCGCCUCCGCCGCGGCUCGGCCGCGCCGCGCCGCCCGGGGCUCGGCGUGCGCCCGCGGAGCGCAGCGGUGCCCCGGGACCCCGUCCCCGCCCGACCCCUCCAUACCGGGCGAGCCCCCCCGCGCGCCGCCGGGCCUGCGGCCCGGCCCGGCCCCGGAGUGCGGGCCGGAGGCUCCGCGCCCCCGCCGCGGGCUCGGACCCGGCUCUGCGCGGCGGGGAGCGGUUUUUAGGGUGCGGGGACUCCGCUCUGGGGUGGACGCGGGCCGAGGGCCGCGGGUCGAGCGGCCUCGGGUCACCCCGGCGCGGGGCGCGGCUGCCGGCGGGAAUUGCCCGGGACAGCAAGGACAGCGGAAAGCAGCGGGGUGCGGUGCCGGGCCCCGGGUCCCCACGGAGAACACGGACGGCGCUCCGCGGGGGCCACUGGCACUCACGUAACAGCAGAACCGGGGCCGGGGGGCGGUGAUUCGCAUUUUGGGGAUUAUGGAAAAUUGGAAGUAAUUUGGCAUUGAAACCUAAGGCCUGUCUAGGGUUGUUUUCUCAUCCUUGUUAUAAAAGCUAAUAAGAAUUUUUUUUUAAAUUUUUUUUUUUAAGGAGAGAGUUGCUGUUGAUCCAUGAAAGAUGCACCCCAAAGUUUUUGAGGCAUUAGAAAUUACGUGGAUAUUCUCUUGGAUAGGAGGUACCUUCAAAUUGGUUGCAUAAUUGUGGAGCCAGGCCUCAAGGAGGUUUCUUCAAGAGGCGUUUUUAACGUUUAAGGAAACUGGAAGGAAAUUGGCUGUUGCACUUAUCAAAUGAUGCAAAUGUGACUUAUCUGGCUGAGAACAGCGAAUGUGUCGUGGUUAUUUUGCCAAUUAGCCUCUGGUUCAGCUUUGACUCCACUUUAAUUUUAUGCCCUAGUCUUUUCUAUCUUAACACACAGGCAUAAAAUAUAAAUUGGGCGGUGCUUGGAGUUUAUUUCAGUACAGCAUUUGAUAAACAUGCAUCCUGCAGAGUUUAACCGUGUGUAGUGGGCUGACCCUGGCUGGAUGCCAGGCACCCACCAAAGCUGAUCUGUCAUUCGCCUUCUCAGCUGGACAGGGAAGAGAAAACACAACAAAGGUUCAUGAGUUGAGGUAAGGACCAGGGGAGAUCACUCAAGAAACACCUAAGGGCAAACAGACUCAAAUUGGGGAUAUUAAUUUAUUUCCAACAAAAUAAGAGCAGGAUAAUGAGAAGUAAAAUAAAUCUUAAAAAACACAUUUCCUCCAUCUCUUUCUUCUUCCCAAGCUCUACCUCCUUUUCCCCAGCAGGGAAGGGAGAUGGGAAUGGGGGUUAUGAUCAAUUCAUGACACUUUUUUCCUCCCACUGCUCAGGAUGAGGAGUCCUUCUCCAGCAUGGGGUCCUUCCUGCAGGAGACAGUUCUGGAUUAACAUCUCCAGCAUGAGUUCAUCCCACAGGCAACAGUUCUGCACAAAGUGCUGCAAGGCAUGGUUCACAGAAUGCUUUGGGUUGGAGGAAGAGCUGUUAAAGAUCAUCUAGCUGCAACCCCCUGCCACAGGCAGGGAACCUUUCACUGCACCAGGUUGUUUGUCAUUAUUGGUGGCAAGCUGCUCACAAGUAGAGGCUUCCCUGUCCUCCAGCCUUCUCUGUUUGUUAUCUGCCUCAUUGAAGGCACACAACUCCAGGACAGUCACCUGCCAUGUCCCCUGGCUUCAGCAGCUGCCAGUCCUGGCUUUGCUGCAAGACCUGCUCCCAGCAGGCAGUAUCCUCACCACGGAGCUCGAGCAUGAGUGCUGCAGCUUGGUGUGCUGCCAUCACCACCCCCUGGGAGCUGUGAAGGGGCUUUGACCCAUCCACCUGCACUUUGCCAAUUACUGCUGGUGUUCAGGGUGCUCCCUGAGAGAGCUGAAGAAAGAGCUGGCUUGGUGUUGGCAGGAAGCUUCACACGGUUUCUGGGAAGCAAGGCUUGGAAAGGGGCCCAGGCUGUCACAGCGCCUGUGUUUUGGGUAGCAUCUGGCCUGAUGUCUGUCUGAACAAAUGGCUGGCCACUGAGACAGGCAUGUUACAGCCAACACUGUGCAUGCAAACAAAGCCACCAACUCGCUUCGGCCCACGAUGCUUGGGGACAAAAGUGCCAUACACACUCGUCUCCAAUUCUAGGGUGAAUUUAGAUGACCAGAGCUGGGAUGUGCACUGAACUGCCCGUGCACACACGCAGCCACAGUGCCUGGGAGACAAAGGCUUGAAGGCAAAGCAAGAUGAGUGCAGCUGUAAGAUGCUUUCUUUGAUGAAAAAACUAGUUGCAACAAAUGAAGUAAUGAAACAAAGACUGACCUUUACAAUUGUGUGUUAGUACACAAAAUUCUUUUGAAGAAAUUGACAUUAAAACUGCUCAUUAAAUAAAGAAAAAUAACUUUAAAGAAGGUUUUCAUGGCAUUAUAAGACAUAAUUUUACCAAGCCUCAGCAUAGACAUUGCUGGGAUCCAUGUAACCCUGAAAAAUAAGGAAUUGGAGGAAUAUCUGUGAAACAAGUAUGGCAAUGUUCAUUUGGAGAAAUUUCAUGAUAAGGGUGGAAUAUUGGAUAGGCAAGGAGUGGGAAAUGUACAAACUGAACAGUGAAACAUAAUCAGAGAAUCUUAUUUGUUGCUUGGGGUUUGAAAACUGUAUCUGAACUUAAACUUUCUAAUGUUUCCUACUUAUAAAAAAGAGUAUUUAAAACGUGUUCAGAUAUACCAGGCUGAUGACUGUCUGACAUGCUUUUUAUUCCAGUAUUAACAUGCAUCUUAGAGAACUGUGUCCAGUAAAAAAUCCCAUGGUGUUGGGACCCAGAAGAGAAAUGGACGGCUCUUGUGUUUGGUCUGUCUGUGCUGUGCUACACAAGGUAGUUGCAGAGAAAGCUCAGAAGAGGGUCCAGAUAUUCAGUCUGUGUCUUUUCUCCUGCAGUUAUACAAGGCCAGUAGGUUGGAACUGACCUAAAAGGUUUAAAUCAGUGAAAAUGUUGUAAGGCCUGUAUCUCUACAGCUGCCUGUGUCUCAGAUAACCUCUCUACUUAAAAACAGCAGCAAUGUGCAGUGUAGUGUCACUUACUUUGAAGCUGACAUUUUGCAUUGUACAGGUUUUCAGUUGCUCGUAAAACUUUGCCAGCUUUCACAAGUCUGAAAUUUUCCCUAAGGGGUGUUGGCCUCAAACUGAAUUUUUUUGUGAAGACUCCAGACACAGUUUUUUCAGCUGCCUCAGAUCAAAAUGCAGAUUAUUUGCCCUUGUAUAGAAAAGAAAAAGAAGAAGAAGAGAAAAAGAAAAGAAGGAAAGAAAAAGAAGGAGAAAAAAGGAAGGAUAAGAAAAAAGGAAAGAAGAGAGAUAAAAAAAGAAAGGAAAAGAAGAAAAGGGGAGAAAAGAAGGAGAAAAAUAAAAGGAAAGAAAAGGAAAAAAGUAAGAGAAGAGUUUUUUAAAUUGAAAAACUAGAUAAAAAAACUUGAAAUGAGAUCUUACAUCUAAACAACAGGGUGGUUCUUGUGUUGAGCAGGAGUCCCUUGCAGCCUGUGGAGAAUUGGUAAGUUAUUUGUCUGCAUUAAAAUCUCUGACAUGUCUUGGUUUACAAAUAUUCAGUAGGCUUCUUAAUCCUUAGUUGCGCUUAGUUGUUAAAGGAAGGCUUUCACAGGCAAUUUUAUUUCUAGUCAUCCUGAUUAAGUGUUGUGCAAGCUUGAAGGUAUUUUUAAUUAGGUAGGACGGUUAAUUAUUUAUUUUACAAUUUCAAAUUGUAAAAAAAAAGCUCUUAGUUUGAGCUCUCAUUGGUUGUGGGGGCAGGGAGAGGGGCGGACAUUAAAAAAUCCAUUAUUUCCUCCAUAAUUGUGUAAACUCACAUUUCAUUUACCUUAUUUGCCCAUGGAUCAAAGAUACAGCCUAGAGUUGUUGGUGAGUACAUGUAACAAAGGUAAAAAGGACUGGUAAAUGUUCAACCUGACACAGUGUUAGAAGUCAGCACUGUUGGAUUUUGAAAAACAAAGGGUAGAGAAGUGUUAAGGGUUCCUUUCCUCGGCUGAUGGAGUUGUAGAUGGCCCUGAGGGUUAUCUGCUUCACUGACUAUAUAAGCAUUGUGUUUUGAAACAGAAACAGCCCCUCCCUAUUUCUCUAGUAAAUCGUUUAACAAGAGAGCAGGACAUUACAAACCAAACCAUUACACUGAGGGACCAGCCUUCUUUUUGGGGAGGCUUCAAUGGGACAACACUGAUUUUCAGUGUUUGUCAGUUCAAAGGUGUGUUAUUUGGUCUCUUACCAGCAAAACUCUUCUGUAGCUACAUUAACUGUACUCGCCUUGAAUGGAUGGGAGCUGGUGAUCAGCUUCCACCUGGAGCAGCUUUCACCAGUCCAUAAAGCAGCCAGCUCUGGAACGUACCAAGAGUCCACUUUGCUGUGAUGUUACGUGUCAAAACAGACACCUUCCCAUAUAAGGCUCAAAAUGCUUUCAAAGAUAAAAUGUCUGGUUUUAACUGCAAAAAUAAAUUCCCAGCGUGAACACACAGGUUGGUAGAACAGCAACAGUGUGAAGUAGCAAUAAAUUUAAAGGAGGAAUUAAGCUUCCAGAAAAAUUGAAGCAAUUUAAGAUCCCAGUUUCCAAACACUUAAAGCACAAGCUCAUCUUCUGUGCACAAGGGUCCCAGCAGUGUUAACAGGACCGUUUGUGUGCCUGAAGUGAAAUAAAUGGGCAGGAGAUCUUUCUCCUUUUUUAAUGCCUUUAUUAAGAAGAAUCAGCUCAGGUGGGGAGAAAUCGACGGGUUGCGCCCACACCGCAGUUGCUCCCAGGCGUGGCACGGAGAAGGAGGAUGAUGCAGCUUUGUCCGCUGGUCUGCAGACAGAGCUGGGGAUUCUGUCCUCACGGGAGAGUCGCAGAUUCCUGCUUGUUUGUUUAACACUCCGGGGUGUCUCUUUAAUCAGUAUCUUUUCAGGUUAGGGUGAGAAGCAAAAGGGUCCAAGCAGGUGCGGGACUACGCUCCCAUCCUUAGACGUCACUUAAGUCACUUGUUGGCUCGUGAUUUUAGGGGUUUUUCUUGUAAAAACUGUAAAACUGUAAAAAUUCAGGGCGCAAUGCAUUUCUCAUCUGCAUACUGGCUCUGAUGUCACUGCCCAUUCUCUUACCUUGGAGGGUCUGUCCUGGUGUCUUCUUGGCAAGCGGCCAGCAUCAGGGAAACAAUAGUUAAUCACUGGCCAUUAACAGGUAAUUAAGGAGCCCCUCUCCAGCAGUGAAACCAAAGAGGUCUGACUUGUUUUUUUUAACUCUGAAACUCAAAAAAAAUACAACUUUCUAUUCAUAACAUGAAGCACACAGGUUCACAGGGCUGUACCAGCGUUUGCUGGCUUGGUGUUUUUAAUGCAUGCUGACAGACAACGAGGCAGGAGGCAAGGAGCCAAACCCAUAUGGAGAACAUGUAAACGCUUGUGACUGCUGUGGAAGGACUAAUUGUACCCCCAUACCUCUUUUCAUUUCUGGGUGAAGUACGACUCCACAUCAGAUUUUUAAAGGAUUAAGUUGUAUAUAAUUACUGCCAAUAUAAUAAAUGGGAGACAAUUUUAAAAAAUAACAAUAAUUGUUGCUAAACUUUGUUAUCAACAGCAUUUUGGCCGUAGCCAAGAAAAAGUACAAAAAAUUAUUCUAUUUCUGUAUGCCCAGUACUAGUCACCAAGGUUAAAAAAAGCUGCUUUAACGAAAACUUACAAAAGCUGAGACUUAACUCUGUUGUGUGGUAGUUAGGAUGAUGUUGCAAAUGAAGUAUUUUGAGAUACAUAAUAGAUUACCUAAUCAAAUAGAUGAUUAAGCAAAACCAGGAAGAGAAAUGAGUUCAGAGAACCCUAAGGUGCAUUUGCAGGAGAAAACACUUUUCAGGUCUUCAUUGAACACCAAAUAAAGAAAAAUAACUAAAUAUAGAAAAGCAUCAUGUUUGGCAGGGGAAGGGGUUUUCUAAAUAACAUAAUGAAUCCUGUCUAGUGUGUUGGAUUUCUUUACAAAUGCCCACACAGAGGCAAAAAGGGAGAGCUGCUGCCCUGAUUCAUUUGAAUCCUUAGGAUUGUGUAACAUGAGACUUAAUUAAGUGAAUCAUGAUUUUUUCCUCACAACUCUACUGAAAUAUUCAAAAAACUAUACUAGGCUUUAGAAAGAAACUGUUCAAACAGAAAAGUUUGUGUUUUAUAAAUGUAUAGUGUGCAAUUGCUUAAUGAAGCCUUCCUCAACACAAGUAAAUAUUAACUUUACUUCAACUAAAAUAUUUCAACAGUUUUCAUCUGUGCUCAAGCACAAUGUUCUAGUGCCUUGUUUUAUAAAAGACAUUGAAGAAUAUGUAUUUAAAUAAAUAUUUUAGGUAAUUCCUUGAACAAGAUGUCUGUUCCUUGGUAACAAAAUUUUCUUGCUAAUUUGUUCUUUCUUCAUUGCAUAUAUAGUGUCCACGUUAGGAGACUUGUUUGUUUGGUUUUUAAUCCUUUCAGGGUAAGAAAGGAGAAUUUAUUUACAUGUAUCACUUAUACAGUUUGUGACUGUUACAGCUUCUAUGUUAUUUCACCAUAAACCAAAAUUUCUGUAAAAUUAGUUAUUCUAGCUGGGUUUUUAGUCUGGAAAAGUAUGAAAUGUGCACGUUUACUACACCGCUCGGGUGGACUGGAGAUGAGUGGAACAUUCUGUGAGCAUGUACAGAUGGAACUUCACAGAAACAAAAGCAGCAACACGAAGCCAGAGUACAUCAGUAAUUUUAGCACCGUGGUAAGUGACCAUCAGCCACGAAGGCAGCUGUGCCAGAAGAACUGUGGUGGUGGAGGAGCUGAUGAAAAAGGAGCGGUGCUCUCAGGGUCUGGGGAUGUCAGGAGGAGGCCACUGGACCUCGUGGAUGUCCACGGGCCGUGCCACAGGCAGGAGGGGCGGGAGCUGGGGCCGGCACCGGGGGCUGCGCGGUGCUGGUCAGGGACAGCAGGCGUUUGAAACUUUAUAAAUGUUUAGUCCCAGCCUGGCACAAUCAGCGACCCAGAACGGCCGGGGCGGCAGGGCUGGGACUUUACACUGCCAGAAGCACCGAUGGGAAAGGGGCGGGGACAAGUUUAAACCUUUCCUGCGGGCAGGCUGGAGGCUCAUCCACAUGACUCAGCAGGGAAAAACAGCAGGAACCCUUUCUGCAGCAGUGAGCUAGAAGGGAGCACUUUUCAAAGUGCUACAAAAUGAAUGCAAUAAAAAUAUAAUUUAAUUUUUUUUCUGGAUUUUGUGUAUACUAGGACCAAAUCAGCAAAGGUGUUAAUUGAAAGUUUUUUCUUCAUCCUUUCAGAAUAAAAUCUGGUAUUUGGCUGGAAAUGGCAUUUCCCAAAUGCACAGUUAAGUCUCAGAAAUAACUACUGACACAUUUCAACUUUGUACCACUGCACAAGAUAUCUACGUUUGUGUACCCAACCCAUUAGAAAUGCAAAUGCACCUCUGUUCAAGUAGCUAAAUAUGAUCUAAAAAGGGUAAAAAAAUAAAAUCACUCUGAAGUAAAUCCCUGGUAAAGCGAGAAAGCUCACAAGGCAUCUGUCACUACUUUAAUCCUGGCCAAGAAAAUCAAAAUAACUUUCAACUUCCUUAGCUGUACAUGAUAUUGCCUCUUGUCAUUCAACAUCUCAGCAUCACAGUUCAGUGACGGAGGGGGUGGCACACCCAUAGCACACAAUGUAUUUGCACUUACACUGUUCACACUUGUCUCCCCAGUGCUGCAGAGACAUGUCCCAUGUAUGCAACAGUCUCAAAAUCCCAUUACUUAUCAUUCAUGUCAGCAGUCAAAGCUUUCCAUUAGAGGAAAUCUAACGUUUCAGUGGCAGAAAAAUAACUCUGUAUGUGAUCUGCCCCCCAGGCCCUCGUUGUGGUGUGACAGGAUAUACAGCAGUGUAGGAGGAGGUGAUCCUUGUGCAAGCCUCACCCUGCCUGGAAAAGCCACGGGCAAAGCAGGUCAAUGCACAACCUCAGCAAGAUUAUGGCACUGGUGUUCUUUAAACUGCAGAUCAAGAGACACAAUCUCCAAAAUAUCUGAAUGUCUAAAAAUGUCUGUGGGUGCUGAACCAGUUGCUCAGAAGCUUUUCCUCAUGUUUCAUUAAACCCACAGGUGCAGUGCACUGAGAAAGGACUCUAAACUUCACCCUGGAGCUGGUGCCAUCCAAGCACUCUGCUGUAGCUCAUAUUCUCUUUUAUGCUCACCCUCCUGCCACCAGACUAGGCAAGGCUUAGGUUUAUCCCUAUCCUAGAAUUCACAGCUACAGAAAGGAGCGGCCAAAGCAUGGAAGAUGCAAUCCUUGAAAUGGACACAUUUAAGAUUGUAAUUGGUCAAGUACCUGGAGAGCCCAAGAGAACUACAGCGGACUCCUGCUUUUCAAAUGGAAAAGCACUAUUCAAAAAUUAAUGUAUUUACUCUCAACACCAUGUGAGGUAGUACUUUGCAAAUGGAAAAACUGAAUACAAGAAUGUAGACAGAGUAAGGGAACACAAUACAGUGCAAAAUCAGGAGCAAAAUGCAAGCUGUUUCAUCAAAUUCCAGUUUGAUGAGUGAAAUCGUAUUUACCUUCAGAAAGCCCUUGAAGAUAUUGAAUAAAACCAAAACCAAGCUUUGAAAACACACAGUACUUUGUACCAAAAUAUGUUAAGUAGCAUAACUUGCUAAAUAGUAUAUAAACCAGCUAGAACUAUGUAUAUUAGUACAAAUGAAGAAGUGAAAUCUAAAGGGAUUAAAGUAUUAGCACCCCACAGUAAGUUUAUUACAUUAUGUUUUAUCCUGAGGCAUGUGAUUCAGAGUAGCUAAACAAAAGUGGUUUUAUACCUUUUUUCCUCAUCCUCUUCACAAUUCCAUCACCAUUACUCUGCCCCCACCCCAAAUCAUUCCUUUCUACAGCCUCUUCCCAAUAUUUUAUAUUUGCUCAACAAUUUUAAAGUCGUUUACUCCUACUGUAUAAAUAACUCCCAGGUCACUCCCACAGAGUUUCAUGAUGACAAUGUUCCAAUUAAUCACAUUCUUUUCAUAAAUCCAUACUGAAAUACGCCAAAACCAGUACUGCCAGUUCAGAUCCAGUUUACUUGUGGAGUUUUUUUGGGGAUUUAAGAAAACAUGUAGUAAUAUCAGAAAUGACAAAUUCAAGUCAGUCAAUACUGCCAUCCUAAUUACAAAGUGUAAUACUUUAGAAUCCUAAAAUCAAGAACCAUAGAAACAAAGAAAUAAAGUUUUUUGUUGGUAACAGCUGUCUCAACAAAACAAAUUGUGCAGAAAAGGUACUGGUCUUCCAAGAAGAGUUUGCUUGCUUUUAAUUCUUGUACUUGAACAAUCACUGCAGUCUUUUGUUACUCAAAAAAACUGUAUGAAUUAAUGAAAAUAAGCAAUAUUUUAUUUCAAUGCCAGAUUUAUGGUUUGUGUGUUACACUGGGGCUGGUUUGACUGAUAUUAAACAGAUAUGUCUGAAACACAAAGUAACAUAAAUUAGACAUGCCAUGAGACAUGUACAAUUAAUUUCUACUAAAAUGUGGAUAAUGAAACCCA